CGCAUUGAAGUGGACCGACUUCUUCUUCUUCUGCAGACGAGACGAGCUGUCAAAACGACGCCGUUUUCGUGAGUUCCUUCCUUCCUUCUCGUACGUAUCGCCCUCCACCUCGUUGGCGUCUCCUAACGUUCUUAAUUUCCAUCGCCUCGCCCCCUUCUUCCCCAUACUACAAUACAAAUUCCUCCUUCCCAUUCAAAUUCCUCUCCAUUCUUACUCCACUUUAGCCUCCGCCGAUGGCGUCUUUCAGUGUUCCAUGCCCCAAGGUUUCGCCGCCGCCGCCGCUGCUUGCUGCAUCGCAGAAGCCUCGCAAUGCCGCUUUCUUCACUCGAUCUGAGUCCGGAUCGAAUCCUGCAUUAGCGAUGGCUUGCUCCCAGAGAUAUGGUCGUGGCCUGUUGGAUGGCCUUAAGAUGCAUGCCCAAUUGAAUGAUGUUGCUGUUGAGAAAGUAUCAAAUGCGCAGCCAGCACUUGAUACGGCGCUAACUGGUGAAUCUGAAAGCCAAGAUGAAGUUCCAUAUGCGUCGUCUGCCUCACCAUUUAUGACACAAGUGAUGGAUCUUGUCAAGCUCGUAGAUUCUAAAGACAUUGUGGAGUUGCAGUUAAAGCAGAUGGACUAUGAGCUCCAUAUUAAGAAGAAGGAAGCACUGAUGCAACCAACUCCAGUUGCUUUCGCUCCACCUCCUAUUCACCAGGCUAUGCAUCCACAACUGCCUCCGGCUCCGACUGCUACUGCUGCCCCUGUUCCAUCAACUCCAGCUUCAGCACCCACUUCAGCUGCCCCACCAAAACCGAAGUCAUCACUCCCAUCGUUCAAAUGUCCAAUGGCUGGAAACUUUUAUCGUUCUCCAGCUCCCGGGGCGCCUCCUUUUGUGAAGGUUGGGGAUAAGGUGCAGAAAGGACAAGUGAUAUGCAUUAUUGAGGCAAUGAAGCUAAUGAAUGAAAUUGAGGCGGAUCAAUCUGGCACCAUUGUCGAGAUACUUGUAGAUGAUGGGAAACCUGUCAGUGUAGAUCUGCCAUUGUUCGUCAUUGAGCCGUGAGGAACGGAUGAACCAAGUUUGUUGCCCAUGUCGAAGUCAAUCAAAAGGUAAGUUAAAAAAAAAAAAAAUUGUGAAAUUAUUGCAUUUCUGGAAAACUUCAUGGAUGCAGAUUAUGACUGCUUACAUUGUUUUGGUUAUUAAAACUCUUUAUGGCUCUUGCGAUGAACUCAGAAUAAUAUAUAUAAAUUAUAUAUAGUUUUGUAAUGGGAAAUUAUUGAUCAUUUUUAGUUGCAGAUUUGCAGCCGUUGGGUUC